AUCUGUGAUGACAUUUUCUGAGCAGAAUACAAAUGCAGUUACAUUUCCUCCCAGAGGCUUCUGACAUUUCUUCUACACGGAUAACAGAUUCUCCUAAGAAGGUGUUGGUCACAGGGAAGAAAGAUCUUUGUUUAAAUUCCUCUGAAAAGUGUAGGAGGAUCAGGUGACCAAGGUUUUUCAGAAUCUUCCCUUUUUGGAUUCUGACGCUGACACACUGUGUAUGUAUUUUGAGGCAGUGACAUCAUCUCUCUCCUCCUGCGCGCCCUCUGUGUGGCUCCAUCAUUCAGGUCCUGCUGUCUUUCACCUGGACUGCUGUGACCUUCAUUCAUUCACAGGAGAAGUACAGAAAUGGCUUCAGACAUCCCUGGGUCUGUGACAUUGCCCGUUGCCCCCAUGGCGGCCUCCGGACAGGUGAGGAUGGCAGGGGCCAUGCCUGCCCGUGGAGGAAAGCGGCGUUCCGGAAUGGACUUUGAUGAUGAAGAUGGUGAAGGCCCCAGCAAAUUUUCAAGAGAGAAUCACAGUGAGAUUGAAAGGCGCCGGCGGAACAAGAUGACCCAGUACAUCACCGAGCUCUCCGACAUGGUCCCCACAUGCAGUGCGCUGGCCCGGAAGCCGGACAAGCUCACCAUUCUCCGCAUGGCCGUCUCACACAUGAAGUCCAUGAGGGGCACAGGGAACAAGUCCACUGACGGCGCGUACAAGCCAUCCUUCCUCACGGAGCAGGAACUGAAGCAUCUCAUCCUUGAAGCAGCUGAUGGAUUUCUGUUUGUUGUGGCGGCUGAGACAGGGCGAGUGAUUUACGUGUCUGAUUCUGUCACCCCUGUUCUGAACCAGCCCCAGUCAGAGUGGUUUGGGAGCACACUCUAUGAACAAGUGCAUCCUGAUGAUGUGGAGAAGCUGAGAGAGCAACUAUGCACCUCAGAAAACUCAAUGACAGGCCGGAUCUUGGACCUGAAGACGGGGACAGUCAAGAAAGAAGGGCAGCAGUCGUCCAUGAGGAUGUGCAUGGGCUCACGGCGGUCUUUCAUCUGCAGGAUGAGGUGUGGAAAUGCUCCAUUGGACCACCUUCCUCUAAACAGAAUCACCACCAUGAGGAAAAGGUUCAGGAAUGGUCUUGGUCCUGUGAAAGAAGGGGAAGCCCAGUAUGCUGUGGUCCACUGCACAGGAUACAUCAAGGCCUGGCCGCCAGCAGGAAUGACUAUCCCUGAAGAAGAUGCUGAUGUGGGACAAGGCAGUAAAUAUUGCCUCGUGGCAAUUGGGAGACUCCAGGUGACCAGCUCUCCUGUGUGCAUGGACAUGAAUGGGAUGUCGGUGCCCACAGAGUUCUUAUCCCGGCAUAACUCUGAUGGAAUCAUCACAUUUGUGGAUCCAAGAUGCAUCAGUGUGAUUGGCUACCAACCCCAGGAUCUUCUGGGAAAGGACAUUUUGGAAUUCUGCCACCCUGAGGAUCAGAGCCAUCUGCGCGAGAGCUUCCAGCAGGUGGUUAAGCUGAAAGGCCAAGUCCUGUCGGUCAUGUAUCGAUUUCGCACCAAGAACCGGGAGUGGAUGUUGAUCCGCACCAGCAGCUUCACAUUCCAGAAUCCCUAUUCCGACGAGAUCGAGUACAUCAUCUGCACCAACACGAAUGUCAAGCAGCUUCAGCAACAGCAGGCAGAAUUGGAAGUGCACCAGAGAGAUGGGCUGUCAUCCUAUGACUUAUCUCAGGUCCCCGUCCCCAACCUACCAGCUGGCGUUCACGAGGCCGGGAAGUCCGUGGAAAAGGCAGAUGCAAUCUUCUCCCAGGAGAGGGAUCCUCGAUUUGCGGAAAUGUUUGCAGGAAUCAGCGCAUCGGAGAAGAAGAUGAUGAGUUCGGCCUCUGCCACGGGAACCCAGCAGAUCUACUCCCAAGGAAGCCCGUUCCCCCCAGGACACUCGGGGAAGGCCUUCAGCUCUUCUGUGGUUCAUGUGCCUGGAGUAAAUGAUAUUCAGUCCUCCUCCUCAACGGGCCAGAACAUGUCCCAGAUCUCCCGGCAGCUAAACCAGAGUCAGGUGGCAUGGACUGGGAGUCGCCCACCCUUUCCGGGACAGCAAAUCCCAUCUCAGUCCAGCAAGACUCAGUCAUCACCCUUUGGGAUUGGAACGAGCCACACCUAUCCGGCAGAUCCCUCUUCCUACAGCCCCCUCUCCAGCCCGGCUACCUCCUCGCCCAGCGGGAAUGCCUACUCCAGUCUUGCCAACAGGACUCCGGGGUUCGCUGAAAGUGGACAAAGUAGCGGGCAGUUCCAGGGGCGGCCUUCGGAAGUCUGGUCGCAGUGGCAAAGCCAGCACCACGGUCAGCAGAGCGGUGAGCAGCACUCCCACCAGCAGCCCGGUCAGACUGAAGUGUUCCAGGACAUGCUGCCCAUGCCGGGAGACCCAACCCAGGGAACUGGCAACUAUAACAUCGAAGACUUUGCCGACCUGGGCAUGUUUCCACCGUUUUCUGAGUAGCUGUGGGCAGAACGAGGCUCCCGCUGUACAGUGCCACCCAUGCUGUGACAUCGACGCCCUUGUAAAUGGGGUCCACCCUCGCCCCGCUUCCCCUGCCGCCGGACCCCCCACCAGAAACCAUCUCCCCCCGUGUGUGUCCCCAGGCGUGGUAUUACUCCACUCGCACUCGCAGCCGGGGCUGCUGGGCCGCUGAGCAGGGGCCCAGGUAGACGUUCGGGAUUGGCUGUAUUUAUUGUAUUUUCUCUGUGUGUAUUCGUGAGGUGAGCCUGUUGGGUCCUUCAGUUUGGUUGUGAAUAAUCUCUUACUAGACCAUUUACACCCAUACAAAGUUCAGUGAAUGCCCAGAGUGACCAAGCAGCACUAGGAUGCUGAGAACAGGUUUCUUCUUGCUUUUCACUCCUGCUGGAUGGGUGGGCCAGGGGAGGCUGGGGAAACAGGCCAAUGGAACGCACGGCCUUCGUAUUUCCAGCCAGAGUCAAGGAGCACAAGGACAUGGAGGCGGCUGCCCCCAGCUCUGCUGAUCUGUCCGUGCGUCCAUUGUGCCGUGGGACGUGUGUACUCUGUGCGGUGUGACAUGAACUUGCUGUCCUGAUGGA